AUGUUGUUCUCGUCUGUAUUGUCUGCUAUGGCACUCGCUGUGUCGAGUGUCAGUGCUCAUGGUUAUAUUGGUGUGCUUACUGCCAAUGGAAAGUCCUACAAAGGCCCGGUUGCCGGAGGUCCAAAGAUCAAAUCGCCCAUUCGCCAAAUCUCUACUACUAGCCCCUACAAGGAUGUCAACGGCCCCGGCAUGACCUGUGGCCGCGACGCCAAGAACGCGGCCCUCAUUGCCGAUGUUGAUGCCGGUUCCAAGAUUACGAUGACUUGGGACGACCAUCCCGGUGACGCCUGGGACCACGAUCUUGGCCCUCUUAUGACCUACAUGACCAAGGUUCCUGAGGGUCAAACCGCUGACAAGUUCAACCCCGCCAACGCUCAGUGGUUCAAGGUUGCUCAAGAUGGCUUGAAGAGCAACGGCAAGUGGGUCAGGCUGACCUCAGUAACGACUGGUGGCGCGCAUAGCGUUACGAUCCCCAAGAACAUUCCCAGCGGACAAUAUCUGAUGCGCAGUGAGAUUAUCGCCCUUCACUUGGCUGAUAAGCGUGGCGGUGUCGAGUUUUACGGCAACUGUAUCCAGUUUAAUCGGCGUCUCGACCGCCAAGUUUCCUGGCGCUUACUCCUCGACGACAAGGGUAUCCACAUCAACGUGUUCAACAAGCUCAAGAGCUACCCCUUCCCCGGCCCUGCUGUUGCCAAGUUCGCUUCUGGCGGUUCCGUCAAAGGGACUGUAAGCGCCAACUCCACCUCCGAUGAUGACGAGACGACCACAACCAAACCUAACUCCGGUUCGAGCAAGCCCAAGUCGGGCAACACCAAGUCCAAAGACGAAGAGAAGAGGUGCUCCGAGGCUGAUCCUGCCAAGCCCGCCUCUGGUUCGAACAAGCACAAUGCUCGUAGUGCCGUCGCCGGUUGGACUUCACGCAUGCACAAGCGCUACCUCGGUGCCGUUGCUGCUCCUGCCCCCGCUGUCGCUCCGGUUUCUGAGUAG